UGCACGGAAAGUGAUGAGGCUUUGAUGCAAAAACGUUAGUCAGAGUGGCGAUGGGUCUGCGUGUGAGAGCUGAACGUGUACACAGUUGAGGUGGGCGGGGAAGACAGGAUGUCACCAGGUAAGGAAAUAGUGACACAGAGGAUGGGUAGAGUGAGUGAGAGGACAGAGAAAGAAAGAGAGUUGCACCUUGAGGAAGUUAACAAAACAAUAGAAGGAGAACCAAAGGCACAUCAUAUUGAAGUAUGGGACUCGUGCAAUGUUUCGUGAUUGUCUUGAUGUUAUCUGCACGGGUACUUACCUUUCCGCUGACAGCUGAGACCUACCCUAUGGGCGACAGAAUAUGUAAAAUGUGCCCUGCAGGUAAGAUGAUGUGUGAGUAUCAGAAGUCUUGUACAGAGUGUGAGUCCUGUCCUGCUGGAAGCUACACAAUUGAGUUGAACCGUGAAGACAGCUGCCAUGACUGCUACAGAGACUGCAGACCAGAUUUUCAUCUGAAGAUGGUUCAGAACUGCACCAGCACGUCCGAUGUAUUGUGUGACUGUGAGGAUGGGUUCACAUGCGUUCAUUGGGUCACAGGUUCAAUAAACUGCAGAAACUGUGUCAAGAUCCAAGAAACAACCACAACUGAAGCAGCUGCUGUUUUUUCAGUCAAAGAUAAACACACGCCUUCCUCAGCUUCCUCAGGACAUAGCAGCACUUCCACCAAACCUUGCAUAUUUCCUAAGUGUGGCACUCAGUCAGCCCCACCGGCAGGAAAUGACACACGUCUCAAAGAAGGUGAGUGUGAGAAGAUGAACAGUCAGCUGGCAGCCAUUUUGUGUCCAGUGGUUGUUGUGGGAUGUGUGGCCCUUGUGAUCCUACUUUUAGUUUGCCGCCCCGGAGAUGAAAGAUGUUUCAAGCAAGCUAUUGCAACGUUUUGCAAUGUAGGAGGUAGAGACUCUUCUCGCAAGCCAAAGGAGUCAACUCAUCAGAUCCCCAGAGACUCAUUCAGUGCAAAGCAGCAGCCGUCGGGCCUCUCAGCAGCCAAUCUGGGUCCAGUUCAUGUCCACAAUCCGGGGACAGUCAUCUUUAGCUUGCUCAGUCAGUUUACAGGCCAAGUUGGUCCGACAACUGAAUGUGGGAAGGCGGACGAGAGAGUGAUCAGCGAAGAAGCAGACGAGAGAGACUGUCCUGUGUUUCAUCCCACAUCCUCUCCCAGUAUUCAUCUCUCUGAGGAGGAGAGGAGCGGAGAGAUUGACAGCAUUUUCUUUCCCUCCCAGGAGCAGGGGAAGGACUGCCACGUGUCCAAAGAGGAGGCGCUAUGAUGGGUCAUAAAGUCCCAGAAGAUUUGUGUUGGUGGUUACGACCUCUGGCAUCCAGACUGAUGCUAAACACAUUUCUUUAAAGGAAGGAACCGUAAAACUGUGAAACCACAGAUGUGUGUUGGGCAGAUCCAUCUCCCUCUUGCAAACUGUGAAGGGACCUCAGUGCUCUCCAUUUUUAUCUGCAGGUUCUUGAAAAGGUUGUGGUCAGUGCACACCAGAGACUUUAACUCUGGGAAGACCAGGGUGAUCUCCUUUGUAAGUUAUAAUUUAAAAUAUCAUGUAAAUACACUUUAAUACGCUCUGGCAGCUCUCUUAAGUAUUAAAACCUGAAUGUUAAAUGUUUUGCAUAAAUAUUAGACAUUUUGGUUUCAAUAAAAUUUUAUUUUGAAAAAGAAAACUAUGUAGAAAUGUACUGUAUGUAAGUUAAAAACAUUCACAUUUGAUGUGUAGAAUCUGAAAAAAAUUGUAUGUAUAUAUACACCUAUAAAAGAUGUGAAAUAUCUUUAACUUUUUUGUACCAUAGUACAUACCACUGUUUAGAAACAUACUGCACAGUUUCUAACUCA